AUGCCCCACGAGCGCACCGACACGCUGUCGCUGCACUCGUUCGACGACCUCGACGGCACCGCGACCGACGGCGGCCGCAGCCCAAGCGCGACGAGCUUCGACCACGACGGCGUCGCCGUCCUGCACGCCGCGCGCCUCACCCGCGUCCAAAGCGUCGGACUCCUCGUGCCCGGCCCGAGCGACCUGCACGCCUCGACCUCGACCGCGCCCGACUCGCUCGUCGACCCGGACAUGUCGCACCUCGGCCGCGCGUCCACCGCGGCCCGACCUGCAGGGUCGUCCACCUCAUCGACCUCGCGCCGGGCGUCGUCAUCGGGCGUCGCCUGGCCCUCGCGCGACGGUCCUGCGUCGCGCGCCGACCUCGCCGGCCUCGGUCUGCCGACCCCGCCGUCGUCCUCGUCCUCGGGCGACCCGUUCGAGCGCGCGUUCAGCCUCGGCGUAGGCCCCACCGCACCAGCACGAAGCCGCUCGAGUGUGCUCGGCAGCGUCUCGGCAACGCGGCAGGAGGACGACACGUCGAGCUCGUUCGGGUCGGGCCGCCCGUCGUCGAUGGCGUACCUCGACACGACGAUGCCGUUCGAGGCGGCUGCGCGUUCGCCGCCCUCGAGCAUGCUGUCGGGCUCGAGCGUCGCCUCGCACCGCGACGUCACUCGCCCUCGACCCGCGUCGCGCUCGUCGCGCACGUCGUUCCCGGCCCCGCCGGGUCGGCCGCUGUCGCAGCACAUCAUCGUCGACUUCCCUGCGGUCCCGCCUCGCAGCUACUCGCCCGACGUGCCUCGACCUCGGUCGGCAGACGAGCACGCCGCAACAGCGCCGCGGCCGCCUCUUCUCCCGUCGCCGCCGCGCUCGACCCUCGCCCUGCGGCGCAGCGCCCACCACCUCCCGCCGCUCCUUCCAUCCUCGUCCACCUCCUCGCCCGCUCGGCACCUCUCGAUCCCGUCCCCCGCCGCCCUCACCCCCUCGUCCUCGCCCGACUCGCCCGCCUCGCCGAGCCAGAUCCCGUUCAUCACGCGCUCCAACGACGGCUUCUACCGCCUGCCCGUCACGCCCUCGUCGGCGACGUCGCACUCGGUGGGCCGCACGCGCCGCGAGCGCCAGAGCACGAGCGACCUCGCGUUCCCGCUCCCGCCCGUGCCCGACUCGGCGACGCACCUGCUCGUGCUCGAGGGCGCGGGCGACUCGUCCCGAUGGCCGGCGUCGCAGUACCGGCCCUCGAGCUCGAGCGCCGUCGCGCUCUCGGGAGGCGGCCCGACGCCCUCGCCGACGACGCGCAGCAGCCUGCCGACCUCGCCACCGCCAACCUCGCCGCCACCACCGCUCCCCGACUUUGUCUCGCUCUUCCUCGACGGGCCGCCUCGCGACGACUCGGCUUCGUCCUCGGCGUCGUCGUCGCUCGACAGCGAGCACGAGGCGCAUGCCCGCACGCGCUACCCGCCCGCGCCGUCGCCCGCCGCCGCGCCGCACCGCCAGUCGCACGCGCGCGCGCAGGACUCGCUCUCGAGCGCCGUCCCGGGCCCGUCGCACCGGCUCAGCUUGCGGCAGCGCGCUGUCGGGGCCCCGGGCGAGGUCGAGCCGGGCGGCGCAGAGGGAGGAAGAGGGGGAGGAGGUGCGAGGGACCGGCUCGACGCGUGGCUGCGCGGCGUCGCGCCCGCUCGGCCGCCGAGCGGCUCGGUGCGGGAGAAGGAGCGCGAGGGGACGUCGAGCGGUGCGGGAGGUGGAGCUGGGUCGGGCAGGGUGCGCUGGGCCGAGAGGGCCGCGCCCGGCUGGUCGCUCCGGAGCGACCCGGCGCGGUGGGCCGGCGAGCGCGCGCAGGACAGCGGCCGCAGCCGCGUGCGUGCGGCGUGGCACUCGAGGAGGGUCCGCUUCGGCACGGCGCUCGCGCUCGUCGUCGUCCUCUUGCUCGUCGUCGGGCUCGCCGUCGGCCUGAGCCGCCGCGCGCCCGUCGUCGCCGCGCCCGCCGCGUGCAACUGCGAGCACGGCGGCUCGGCGCGCACGACGAGCGACGGCGGGUGCUACUGCGCGUGCUCGAGCGCCUGGGGCGGGACGAGCUGCCACCUGAACGCGACGUGCGUCGGAGGGGUCCGUGCGCCCGUCGCGCAGGGCCUGCUCGACGUCGCCGAGGCGGCGUCGGCCCUGUGGGAGCCCAAGGUCGACUCGGCGCGGCUCGGCGAGCUGCUCGAGGCGUACUUCGUCCCGUCGUCGUCGUCGUCGAGCUGCCAGGCGCAACUCGCCCUCCUCGUCCUCCCCAACCUCCCUUCCUCGACCUUUCCCUCUCGCCUCGCCUGGGCCGAGUCCGCCCUCGUCCACACCCUCGCUCUCACCGAGUCCAACUCGACCCUGUCGCAGCUGCGCACGUUCGCCUCGGCCCUCUCGUUCGCCCCCUUUGGCGACGCGCCCGCGUCCAAGCCCAACUCGAACUACCAGGUCAUCGCAGGCGGAUGGACCUGGGACUUUGCGUUCCUGCGCCGCUCGGCGACGGGCGACUGGGCAUCGGUCGUCAAGCCGUCGAGCGACAGCUCGGUGCGGCUCGCGGCGGCGCCCGGCGCACUUGCGGCGCUCGACCGCCUCGCGCCCGUCGCCGCCGCCGCGAGCGCGCAGCGCAGCAAGGCGCUCGAGCACUACUGGGCGACGGUGCUCAGGCGCGAGCCGGACGAGCUGCAGGCGUUCCGCGAGGCGGUGCAGCGCGCCGAGGUCGUCGUCCCGCUCGACGCGGCGGCAAGCGUUGGCGGCGGGGCGAGCAUGGUGGACGUCGCGCAGGCGCAGUCGGGUGCGGCGUCGUUCCCGCCGGCGGUCGGGUGUUGGGCCGGCUUGAGCGAGACGGUCGUUGAGCGCGUCAACGCGGUCGAGGUCGAAGUGUUCGGGCUGAGCGCCGUGUCGAGCUCUCAGUCGCUCGACUCGUCCUGCCUCAAUCGACCGCUGUACGGCGUCCUCAACCUCCUCAAGCUGCGACUACCCUUCCCCUCGUCCGACAAGCGCUCCUCCCUGCCGCAGCAGUCGCUCGUCCUCAAGUCGAGCGCCGUCACCGACCGCGUCACGGUGCACGCCAGCGAGCUGCUCGCCGCCGGCCCCCUCGCCGCCGCACCGACCUCGCCCUCACUCCCCGUCACGCCCGAGCGCUUCGGCCUCCUCUCUCGCCUCGAUCACGUCCUCCUCGACCUUCUCAACACCGUGUCGACCGCGAUCGCCAACGACCUCGUCGACUACGUCCUUUCGUCGCCGUCCGGCCCGCCGAGCCCGUCGACUUGUCCCUCCCUCCUCGACAACUCGCUCCCGCUCCUCGAGGUCCAGCUGUGGGGCGGCCUCCAGUACGACGACGCCGACUUGGCGCGCUCGUCGCUCGUCGCGGGUUCGGCGUCGUCGUCGUCGGCGGCGGCGACGAGCCUGUUCUUCGGCAGCAGCGCCGGCGACGCGUGGCGCUCGUGGGCGCUGUCGAACACGCAGCACGCGUCGCUGUCGCGCGUCGAGUGGGCCGACGCUGCGGAAAGGGGGGAUGUCGUGGUGGAUCAGGGGCGGGGAGGGACCGCGUUCGAGGGCGUUUGGGCGCGGGCGGCGAGCGGGUCGCUCAAGACGAGCGCGACGGUGUGGACGGCGCUGCAGGGGGCGGGACUCGUAGCAGGAUAGUCGGUUGCAUCGCAUUAUCUCGACG